GAACCCGCACCCUCAUGGAGACUACUGAGGUUCUUAAUCUGCUGAACCACAAGAGGAAUGCCAACCACGAUAAAAGUCUUAAAACAAUUGCUUUUGUAAUUGUUUUUCUCUCCUCUGCCCCACCCUCCAACGAAGUGGGAUCUAAGGCAGUUCCCUGCAGGCCUGCAGAGGGUUCUCCCUAACGUUGCGUGGAGGGACAGCUGGGGCCUCGGUCCUCACCGCUGCUUGACGCCAGUUCCCCAGGGUGGUGACUCCAGAUAGUGAGCUUUCGACGCUGGUGCGCGCCCCUUACCACCACCCAGAUUCCGUGAGUAAACCGACGGGCACAAAGUCAGUCCUCCAGCGCAGCACCUGCAAGGACACGUGUAUGGACGCCUAUACAAGCACCUGCAAACAGACACAGGCACCUGUGCACAGACACGUGCACACACAGGCGCAGAAGCACGCGGAUGAGCGCGCACAAACACACGAGCACGUGCGUCUAUCUGAGGCAGCUAUGAGGUCCUGGAGGAGCCGUGGGAGAGACAGCGAGUCUGGGCUCCUUCGGGACAGGGACCCUUGACACCAGACCACCUGGCUCGGGCCUCCAGCCACCAUCCGCAACAGGAAGCCGGCCUUGCGAUUCCUGGGCUCGGCCCAGUGAAGUCUCCAGAUGGGUGUGCGGCAAGCCCAGGCCCCGAGGGGGCGGGCCCACGUGGCACUGUGAACACCUGGCCCCGCCCUUAAUCGCCCCGCCCUGCGCUACCUCCGGCCCCGCCCCACUUACCUCUCGGUCUCCAUUGGAUGUAGCUGUAGCAUCACCGCCCUAGGCCCAGCCCCCUUCCCCGCCUCCCGCCUCCUCACCGCCGCGGGGAGGGUGGGGGACGGCCUGGAGGCGGAGACGACAGCAAGAUGGACGAGUGCCCAGCCAAUGAGCGCCCGCAUCCGCCUAGCAACUGCGGUCGGCCAAUGGCAGGGCGGGGCGGGGCUGCGCGCUGUCAGCCCCGAGGACCUCCCAGCCCGCAGAGCUCGGGGGACUUUGGGGCCCGAGCGGCCCUGGCGUGCCGGGCCACCGCCACUGCACCGUUCCACUGGGCCGGGUAUGGGCACGGGCGACGGCGCGACACGAUGAGUGCCGGGGCCAGCCCGGUCCGCGCCUACGACUUCCUGCUCAAGUUCUUGCUGGUGGGCGACAGCGACGUGGGCAAGGGCGAGAUCCUGGCGAGCCUGCAGGACGGCGCGGCAGAGUCCCCGUACGGCCACCCCGCAGGCAUCGACUACGAGACCACUACCAUCCUGCUGGACGGCCGGCGGGUAAAGCUGCAGCUCUGGCAGCGUUCUCGAGAUGAAGCGGCUUUUCAGAAACCUCUCUUAGACAGACUGAAAUCCGGACUCACGCGGUUGAAACCCACAGCAACUUUUCCAGUUGACUUUUUAAAUGACAGCAAAGAGAAUGAGCCCGGAAAGGUGCCGCCAUCCAGGCCUCCAGGGACAGCGUGCCUGGCACUCUGCCGGGGGCUCGCGCUUUCCGCGGGACACUCCGGGCCAACAACUGGAGGUGUCCCGUCCGCCUCCCGAGCCCACAAAGCCUGCGUCGGGAAGCAGCGACUUCUCCUGACAGGCUGCCUCCUCUUUUCCAGGGACACGUCAGGGCAGGGGAGGUUCUGUACCAUAUUCCGCUCCUACUCUCGGGGGGCACAGGGAGUGGUCCUGGUCUACGACAUCGCAAACCGCUGGUCCUUCGAUGGCCUCGGCCGGUGGAUCACAGAGGUCAACCAGCACGCCCCAGGGGUCCCCAAAAUCCUGGUGGGGAACCGCCUGCACCUGGCCUUCAAGCGGCAGGUCCCCACGGAGCAGGCCCAGGCCUACGCAGAGCGUCUGGGUGUGACCUUCUUCGAGGUCAGCCCGCUGUGCAAUUUCAACAUCACCGAGUCCUUCACGGAGCUGGCCAGGACCGUGCUGCUGCGGCACGGGAUGGACCGGCUCUGGAGGCCCAGCAAAGUUCUGAGCCUGCAGGACCUGUGCUGCCGGGCGGUGGUGUCCUGCACGCCUGUGCACCUGGUGGACAGGCUGCCACUGCCCGUGGCCCUGAGAGGCCACCUCAAGUCCUUCUCGAUGGCCAGCGGCCUGAACGCCCGGAUGAUGCACGGCCGCUCCUACUCGCUCACCACCUGCUCCGGCUGCAAGAGGACCAGCCUCCGCAAAGCCAAGGCCGGCCGCCCCCCCCAGAGCCCCCCCAGACGCCGCAGCAGAAACGGCUGCAGAGUCUCCUGAGGAGGAUGCGGGCGGGCUGCGGGGCCAGCAGAGGAGCGGGACAGCGGGGACAGGAGGCUGCCGGCGUGAAGGGGACCGUGUGCUCAGGGCAACGAGACGUGGCCGUCACGGUCAGGACGGGGCUCACCCGGCGAUCCUGCGUGGCCCUUCACCGGCCUCUUGCUUUGGACCCGGGUUUAUAGAGAGGUCGUGAUCACAGGGCAACUGUUUUGGGGGCCACACUCUCAGCACACGAGUUCCGGGCCAGGGGUUAAACCCCCGCCACAGGUCCUUAACCCACUGCCCCACCAGGGAAUUCCGCAAGUUUUUUCUUAAAAUAACGGCUUCUUUAUAGGAAUGGUGACGUGCAUGGGGUGAGUGCAAAUCCUAGGGAUUCCGAAGAGCAGGGAUGGAGGGGAAUCAGAAUCUUCAGCAUCGCGAGGGGCCUCUCCGUAAACCUCUGUUUAACGUCAAGGCGCUGAUGUGUAAAUGCCACAGGCCCGUUGGAGGUUCCGUGCAGCGGAUCUGUCCAGCGUGUGCAGGACACAGACUUGAUAAAGGCUUUGCUAUGUCAUUGACUACAUUGUGGUGUGAAUAAGUGAUUUACAUGCA